UGUGCUGAGGUCCCACUCAUGCGUGCCGAAGAGACCCGACGCUACGUGCGAGCUUUGGCCGAGAAAGGAUGAGGGCUCCAAACGAGGGGAGAGGAAAAUGAGGAUCCGCUUGUGCCAAGGUGUUGGUAGCAUCCUUGUCGUCACCAUGGUGACCAGUUUGAUGGUGGCGUACAACAGGAGAGCUCGUGGUGGCAGAUCAUCGUCGGCGUUCUCGCCGCCAUCAUCAGCUUCAUCCUCCCGACAAAAAGAAGGUCCUGCACCUGCCAUGAGAAAAAGAUCACAGACGGCUUUGGUGUCAACACUCGGAGGCUACACGGGUGUCGAGGACCGCAAAGCUCUAAGGAUGCACUGCAGGACAUGCGCCCUCGUCACCAGCUCGGGCCAGCUGACCGGCAGAGAAAGGGGCCCAGAAAUCGACCGCUCCAAGUGCGUCAUCCGUAUGAACGACGCCCCCAGCGUGGGCUACGAGCAAGACGUGGGCCGGCGCACCAGCCUACGCGUGGUCGCGCAUUCCAGCCUGCAGCGGGUGCUCCGCAGGCAACGAGAGCUGCUCAACGCCAGCCAGGGCACGGUGUUUGUCUUCUGGGGGCCGAGCAGCUGCAUGAAACGCGACGGCAGAGGCCACGUUUACAACCAUCUGAAGAUGUUGAACCAGCAGCUGCCCGGCCUCAACGUUUAUAUCAUUUCUCGACUUAAAAUGAUGGCCUUUGAUGAACUUUUCAAAAAUGAAACCGGCGUUGACAGGAAAAGUUCCAACUCCUGGCUGAGUACUGGCUGGUUCACGAUGGCCAUGGCCCGGGAACUGUGUGACAGGAUCAACGUGUAUGGCAUGGUGCCACCUGACCACUGCAGAUCCCCCUCCAAUCCGUCAGUGCCAUAUCACUACUACGAGCCUUCCGGCCCCUCCGAGUGCGCCAUGUACCUGUCCCACGAGAGAAGCCGGCGAGGGAGUCACCACCGUUUCAUCACAGAGAAGAUGGCCUUUGCCAACUGGGCUCGCAGCCUCGACAUCCAUUUUUACCAGCCGGACUGGAAGCCAGCAGCGGCAGCAAAUAUCUCCAGCGCCAUUUGGAUUGGAUCCUGAAUUCUUCGAGAAGAAACAGACAACAUCAGUGGACUCAAUAGCAUGUUGUUUUCCGUUUGACGAGAAAGGAGUCAUCUAUCCACGUGAGACUUCGAAAUUGUUAACUUCGUGUAAGAUGGCGUCUGAAACUACAAGUGAAAAUACAAUUGAUGUUUUUACUGUCGUGAGGGGGCUCGCCUUUCUCUUUAAAUGCACUCAUGGAGAAUAAAUCGCCGUUCGCCAAGUUACAACGCGAAAGCUCAGACGGGCAUUGUACAGGCGGCAGUGUCUCAUUUGCAUGAGACGUAACCACGUCCCCCCGACCCCCCAAAAUAACAACUUUUAAAAAACGACCAUGUCCUAAAAAUGUAAAUACAUCGGGGACAAAAAGCCCAUGUAACUUCUGCUUACAACCGAUACUAAAUUUUGCUCCUCCCCAACAUUCAAACACAUUUGUCUCUGACCUCAAUAUACUUCCUCGACACCUAUUACUCCUUUCCAGUUAGUUAGGCCCUUGGCACCAUCUUGUGGUCUUAAGAUACGCAUUUCAUGUGUAAGAUGACACUCAUACAAAACAUUCAUAUGUGGAAAUCAUCUUUUCCCACUGAAAGGAAUGGGAAACCCAUUAAUUCGUUCCAGUCUUGAAUUAAAAA